GCCUGGCUAAAAUGGGUUUUUUAACUAGAAAUGUCAUUGGAGAAUGAAUGUGCCUAGACACUUGGUCAACUGAACAAUACCUUCUUUUGAAACCCCUUGUACUUCAGUAUUUGUUGAAUAGUUCCUUAGAUAGGGGCUUCCUAAGGAUUCAAAGGCAGAGAGGAUGGGGAAAAAUGACAGCCCUCUACUCCUGGUGCAAUUCUAAGAAUGAAAUAACCUUUGACUCUUUUGUUUUCCUACCAGAUAUGGAUGCUUUUCAACAAGCAGGGCAUUUGCCCCUGCCCAGAGGUGAUGCCAUUCGUUCGAAGCUUAUCGAUACUUUCUCUCUAAUCGAGCAUUUGCAAGGCUUGAGCCAAGCUGUGCCACGCCACACUCUUCGGGAGAUACUUGAUCCUUCCCUUCAAAAGAAACUUAUGUUGGGAGACCAACACCAGCUUGUGCGCUUCUCCAUAAAGCCUAGACAUAUAGGACAUAUUUCCCAAGCCCAGAGAAUGUUGAGCAGGUUUCAUGUGCGCUGUGGUAAGAAGCCGCCCCUUUCCUUAUGGGCAGGAUGGAUUAUUGAAAGUACUUUCUUCACGAAUUUCAUGAUUUUCACUAUUUUUUUGAACACAAUUGUACUGAUGGUUGAAAUAGAAUUAUUGGAAUCUGCAAAUACCAAACUGUGGCCAUUAAAGCUGUCUUUGGAGGUGACAUCUUGGUUUAUCUUGUUUAUUUUCAUCGUGGAGAUCCUUCUUACAUGGCUUUCCAGCUUUUCCCUCUUCUGGAAGAAUGGCUGGAAUGUCUUUGACUUUUUUGUUACCAUGUUGUCCUUGCUUCCUGAAAUUGUGGUGUUGUCAGGAGUUUCAGGCCAGUCUGUGUGGCUCCAGUUGUUGAGGAUCUUCCGAGUGUUGAGGUCUCUCAAACUCUUUGCACGAUUUCGUCAGAUCCGAGUUAUUAUUUUGGCCCUCGUCAGGGCCCUUAAGAGCAUGACCUUCCUCUUGAUGUUGAUGCUCAUCUUCUUCUACAUUUUUGCUGUGACUGGUGUCUAUUUCUUUGAAGAAUACAGCCGUUCAACUCGUGAGGACCUAGAGUACAACAUGUACUUCUCAGACCUGCCAAAUUCCGUAGUGACAGUGUUCAUUCUCUUCACCUUGGAUCAUUGGUAUGCAGUUCUUCAGGAUAUCUGGAAGGUUCCUCAAUCCAGCCGCCUCAUCAGCAGCAUCUAUGUCAUCCUUUGGCUGUUGCUUGGCUCCAUUAUAUUUCGAAAUAUCAUAGUGGCCAUGAUGGUUACUAACUUCCAGAAUAUCCGGAAUGAACUGAAUGAGGAGAUGACUCAUCUGGAGGUUCAGCACAAAGCUGACAUAUUCAAGCGUCAAAUUAUCCAGAGGUCUGCUUCCAUGUGUUUAAGCCUAAUCCUGUUUUUCAAGGGAUUUCUGACCUUAAUACUCCAUUUCUAAACUUUGAUCUUAUGACCUUACUUUUUUCCAUCUACU